AACACAAAGACUCUCUUUGUUCAUGUAUAAAUAUCUCCAUCUCUUUCGUUCUUAGAAAACCCUAUUUCUGAUUGAUUCCUGCUAGCUGAUGAUAGCUUUCAUCAAUCUCUACUGCAAGAUGACAUGAAAAGAUAAUAAUCAGGAGUUAAGAAAAUGGAAGGUAAUCUAUGCGAUGUUAAUCACCUGGACUCGAACGCGCGUUUGCCGCCUAGAAAGCGACUUCUUGCAGGACUAAAGAAUCAGAAUGCUGUUGCCAAUGGAAAUCUCCACUCAUCAUCAUCAUCGACUUUCUGUCUUUCUGGCGAAUUUGAUUUAUUUAUUAACAGAUGGAUGGGAUCUCGAGAGAGUAAUGUUAACCUUUCACUAGAGGAGAUCAUAGAGGCAUCGAAAUUAGCAGUUAAGUUUGCUGAAACCGCGAGAUCUACUGCUGAAUUAAAAGCUGGAUUAGCCGUAAAAGCUAUGGAUGCUGCAAGGGAAGCGUUGGAAUUGAGUGCAACAAUGGCAGAGGAGGUUGCUAGAAGAGACAGACGUGUCAAGAAGAUUAAGAAGACGAUGAUGAUGAAGAAGAAGAAAAAGAUGCAGGUUCAGUUAAUCAGGAAUUUAGGUCGUAAGGGAAGGAACACAAAGAACAGUUCCCAGCAGAAUUUGAAUCAGUCGAGUUCAAAUUCAAAGAGUAAUGAUACUAGAUACAAGAGAUUAAAGGUUAAUAAGCAGAUCAUUCCUGAAAACCUUGAUCCAUCUGAUGAAAUGAAAAGUGAUGAUGAUGAUGAUAAUGAUGAUGAUGGUUCAUCUGAAGAGACACAUUCUGUUGAAUCAGAUGAAAUCGGAGGAUCGAUAUCAAUUGCGAUUGAUGAUAGUGGAGCAGAAUCGAGCCAGCGAAAGAAAAGUGGUGUAAAAAGGAACAGAGUUAAGCACAAGAAUCAUCAGCCUUACUAAAAAAGCAUUGCUUCUUGUGAGGAUCAAUCAAAAGAAGUUAAAAUCAGGUAAAUCUUUUGGGCUAUUCUGAUAAUAGACGAUUCUUUUCUUGUUUAUCUAAGAGGGUUUGUGAGUUUGAUUUGCUUGUUCUUCAUGACCCCUUUGUGAUUUCUCUUGAACUCAACAGAUGUACAUAUUAACUCUUUGAGCCAUGUGCUUUUAAGAGUUAAUAAUGAAACUGUUAUUUUCGUCACAA